CUCCGGACGAGAAGCCUCUCGAUCCCCGGUACGGCGCGCACUUGCACCCGGGCUCCGGCGACGGCGUACUAGCGGCCUCCCAGUGCUCGGCGCGCACUGGUUACCAGUCCCGCGAGGGGAGGUGGCGGCGGCGGCGGCGGCGCAGCGCGCAGGCGCGGCCGAUUCCCGGCAGUGACGCUGCAGUGGGCGCGCGCGGCACAUUUCCGCCUCUGGCGAAUGGCUCGGCUGUAGCCUUCGCGGCGGGCCCAGCUGCGACCCCGGCCCCGCCCCCGGGACCCCGGGACCCCGGCCAUGGACGAUCUGUUCCCCCUCAUCUUCCCCUCCGAGCCAGCCCAGGCCUCGGGCCCCUAUGUGGAGAUCAUCGAGCAGCCCAAACAGCGGGGCAUGCGCUUCCGCUACAAGUGCGAGGGCCGCUCAGCGGGCAGCAUUCCAGGCGAGAGGAGCACAGAUACCACCAAGACCCACCCUACCAUUAAGAUCAAUGGCUACACGGGGCCAGGGACGGUGCGCAUCUCCCUGGUCACCAAGGACCCCCCACACCGGCCUCACCCCCACGAGCUCGUAGGGAAAGACUGCCGGGAUGGCUACUACGAGGCUGAGCUCUGCCCAGACCGCUGCAUCCACAGCUUCCAGAACCUGGGGAUCCAGUGCGUGAAGAAGCGGGACCUGGAGCAGGCCAUCAGUCAGCGCAUACAGACCAACAACAACCCCUUCCAAGUUCCCAUAGAAGAGCAGCGCGGAGACUAUGACUUGAAUGCGGUGCGGCUCUGCUUCCAGGUGACAGUGCGGGACCCGUCAGGCAGGCCCCUCCGCCUGUCACCUGUCCUCUCUCAUCCCAUCUUUGACAACCGCGCCCCCAACACUGCAGAGCUCAAGAUCUGCCGGGUGAACCGAAACUCCGGGAGCUGCCUCGGUGGGGAUGAGAUCUUCCUGCUGUGUGACAAAGUGCAGAAAGAGGACAUUGAAGUGUAUUUCACGGGACCAGGCUGGGAGGCCCGAGGCUCCUUUUCGCAAGCCGAUGUACACCGACAAGUGGCCAUUGUGUUCCGGACGCCUCCCUAUGCUGACCCCAGCCUGCAGGCCCCCGUGCGUGUCUCCAUGCACCUGCGGCGGCCUUCAGACAGGGAGCUCAGCGAGCCCAUGGAGUUCCAGUACUUGCCAGACACAGAUGAUCGUCACCGGAUUGAGGAGAAGCGCAAAAGGACCUAUGAGACCUUCAAGAGCAUCAUGAAGAAGAGUCCUUUCAAUGGCCCCACCGACCCCCGACCUCCGCCCCGGCGCAUUGCCGUGCCUUCCCGCAGCUCAGCUUCCAUCCCCAAGCCAGCUCCCCAGCCCUAUCCCUUUCAGCACUCCCUCAGCACCAUCAACUUUGAGGAGUUUCCCCCUAUGGUCUUUUCUUCUGGGCAGAUCCCAAACCAGACCUCUGCCAUGGCCCCGGCCCCCGCCCCAGUCCUGGCUCAGGCCCCAGCCUCUGCCGCAGCCCUGGCAUCAAGCCUGGCUCAGGCCCCGGCCCCUGCCCCAGUCCUGGCCUCCAGCCUCGCUCAGGCUGUGGCCCCGCCUGCCCCCGAGCCCACCCAGGCAGGGGAAGGGACACUGACAGAGGCACUGCUACAGCUACAGUUCGAUGCCGAUGAAGACCUGGGGUCCCUGCUGGGCAGCAGCACUGACCCAGCCGUGUUCACGGACCUGGCAUCCGUAGACAACUCGGAGUUUCAGCAGCUGCUGAACCAGGGUGUAUCUGUGGCCCCACACACAGCAGAGCCCAUGCUGAUGGAGUACCCUGAGGCUAUAACACGCCUGGUGACAGGGUCCCAGAGGCCCCCUGACCCAGCUCCCGUUCCCCUGGGGGCCUCUGGGCUCCCCAACGGCCUCCUCUCAGGGGAUGAAGACUUCACCUCCAUCGCAGACAUGGACUUGUCAGCCCUUCUGAGUCAGAUCAGCUCCUAAGGAGGUGACACCUGCCCUUCCCAGAGCACUGGGUUGCAGGAGAUUGAUUGAAGCCCUCCCAAAGCAAGCAAGCACGGAAUUGGGGGAUGUGUGCUCCAGCUGUCCUCAACUUCUCUGGGUGAUGUCUUAGUGGUGGGGGGGGGGGUGCCUUUUAUUCUUUUAUUGGCAGUCUCUCUCUCGCUCUCUCAUCAUGGAGGUGCUUAAGUAUAAGCAUUAACUUUUCUGGAAAUGGGAAAGCUGGGAGGAGUCAAACUCUUCCUUUCCCUAUCCUGAUGUUCAGCUCCCUUCUUUCUAUAGGGAAUUCUGGGGUCCCCCGCCCCCACCCUCCAGCUCCUCGUACUCUCUUAGAGAGAGACGGUCAGCCUGGAACUGUGGCCUUGGAGGCCGCGAAGCCUUACUAUCAAGUGUCUUCCUCAAAUCAUGGAUUCACUUACACUUGAGCCAGAAUAAUGCCCCUGUUACCAGCUCUUCCAUGGUGCUGGCAUUGUUCUUGUGCCUAACACCAGCAUUUGAAGGGCUGGACUUCCUGCUCUGCUGAGAUCUCUGCCAGCUCUUUCCUUGCCCAGCUGUGGCUGAAAAGACUGGUGGGACAGCUCUGGCCCUCUCCGUGAUCCAGGGACGCUGCUCCCCCUUUUUACAAGUGCCUUAAUAGGGUGAGUUGUUUGGAGAGUCAGGGGAGGGCAGGCUGGCAGCUCUCCAGUCAAGCAGCUGUUUUUAGUGAUGAAUCAAAGCAGUUGGACUCUUGCUCUUUCUAUUCCAAACUAAUAAAUUUGUUGCCAAGCCUA